AUGACCGGAAAACUGAACAUUUUCUUUACUGGGGCCACAGGUUACAUUGGAGGCAGCGUGCUCUCCCAUCUCCUCACGCACAAGGACGCGGCGGCCUUCCACGUUACCGCUCUCGUGCGUUCCACCGAGAAAGCGGAAAAACUCAAGACCCUCGGUGUCGAUACCAUCAUUGGAUCGUACACCGACAAGGAUUUGACUUUUUUAAAGGAAGCUGCUUCAAAGGCCGAUAUAGUCUUCACCGCUGUUGACGCGGAUGCACUCCCCCCUGCCCAAGCCAUCCUCGACGGACUCAAGCUGAAGUAUGAAGCGUCUGGCACGCCCUCGAUCUUGAUCCAUACUUCUGGCACAAGCCUCCUUCUGAAUCUAAACGACGCCCAAGGACUUCACAGCGAGCACAUUCAUUAUAGUGAUCUCGAGACGGAGAAGCUGGAUGCACUCCCCUUGACUUCCUUGCACCGGAACGUUGACAUCCCCAUCAUGGAAGCGGAUAAAGCCGGCUAUGUCAAGGCAUACAUUAUCGCCCCAAGCGUUGUCUUCGGGAAUCCCAAAGGGCCACUUGUUGAUCGGGGAAUCCAAAGUGUCCACUCGAUAUUGACAAGAUUCCUCGUCAAAGCCGCAAUCGCUCGCAAGCAAGGAGGCUAUGUAGGCACAGGGGUGAAUAAGUGGGUGGCAAUCGAUGUAGAAGAGAAUGCUGAUCUGUACCUCAUCUUAUUCGACGCUGUUCGAGCCAACGCGGACAAAGUCCCUCGUGGCUACUAUUUCACAGAGAACUUAGAGUUCUCCUUCAUAGAGGAAGCCGCCGCGAUCUCGGAGGCUCUAGUCGAACUUGGCGUCGGCAACUCUCGCGAGCCUAGCCCCUUCACCGUCGAGGAGGGCGAGAAAUAUUUCGGGCCGUUCUUACUACCCGUGAUCGGUGCAAACUGUUAUGCCAAAGGCGACCGCGGCCGAGCAUUGGGCUGGAAACCGCAGCUGGGCAAGGAGGCGUAUUUGGAGUAUGUCAAGUCGCAAGUGAAGGUCUACCUGCACGAAGAAUAG